AGCAAGAAUAGUACAUGGAAGCAAAAUAAUGAAUCGCCAAACCACAUGGACACCUAACAGUUGUACAGCUCAGGGCAGCAUGAGUGUAGAGCAGGUCGGUUCUGCCUCCACCUGGACACUCAACAGUUGCACAGUUCAGGGCAGCACAGGUGUAGAGCAGGUCGCUUCUGCCUCCACCUGGACACCCAACAGUUACACAACUCAGGGCAGCACGGGUGUAAAGCAGGUCACUUCUGCCUCCACCUGGAUACCCAACAGUUGCACAGCCCAGGGCAGCACGGGUGUAGAGCGGGUUGCUUCUGCCUCUCACAGCCCAGGGCAGCAUGGGUGUAGAGCAGGUCACUUUUGCCUCUCACAACUACUGGACUACUGUGACAUGGUCUUGGAUGCACUGGAGGACAAUCAAAAUGGAGAUGUAGUAUGCACAGACUUUGCAAAAGCCUUUGAUAAGUGCAAUCAUGGUGUAAUAGCACACAAAAUGUAUGAUAAAAGAAUAACAGGAAAAUUGGGUAGAUGGAUCUAUUACUUCCUAACAGGUAGAACACAAAGAGUAAUAUUAACCAGAUUAAAGUCAGUGGUGCCUACAGUGAAAAGUGAUCUCUGCAAUCCUUCCAUUUAUAGAAUGGUCACUGAUAUUAGUAGACAUUCUUUAUUUGUUCGCCGCCCCUGUUUACUCCGUCCCUUCUCUAUUCGCCUUCAUUCGCUCUUGUCUUCUCUUCAGUUACCACCUUUCUAUGUUCAUGUAGCAUCUCACUUUUCCCUACCCCCUGGGAAGUUCCAGCUGUUCGAGUCUGUUCUUUCUCUCUCCCUUGCUCGAAAGCCCAACUGUCUAUGGUCGCUUCCCGCUCUCUUUUUCUUGACCACUUCCACUCUCAUUCUCAUGCCAUUGCUGUGUACACAGAUGGCUCUAAGUCUUCUGACGGCGUAGGAUUUGCAGCAGUGUUUCUGGACAGCGUCGUACAUGGGCAUUUACUAUCUUCGGCUAGUAUUUUUACUGCUGAAUUGUAUGCCAUCCUUGCAGCACUUAUCCGUAUUGCAUCUAUGCCUGUGUCAUCAUUUGUGGUUGUCUCAGACUCCCUUAGUGCUUUACAGGCUAUACAGAAAUUUGAUACACCUCACCCCUUAGUCCUCCAUAUCCAACUUUGGCUACACCGCAUCUUUACCAAGCAUAAAGAUAUUGUUUUUUGUUGGGUCCCUGGUCAUGUUGACGUACAGGGCAAUGAACAGGCAGAUACUGCUGCGCGGUCAGCAGUACAUGACCUACCAAUUUCAUAUAGAGGUAUUCCAUUUACGGACUAUUUUGCUGCAAUAUCUUCCCACCUUCACACCCGUUGGCAACAACGUUGGUCUACUAUGCUCGGCAACGAACUUCAAUCUAUUAAACCGAGUAUAGGUUGCUUGCUGUCUUCUUAUCACCAGUGUCGAGGUUGGGAGACUACUCUCUCCCGUCUUCGCAUUGGCCAUACUCGUCUUACUCAUGGGUAUCUCAUGGAGAGAGGCGCCCUGCUCCUCUCUGUGAGAAUUGCCAAGCUCCAUUAUCAGUCAGCCACAUUCUGUUGGACUGCCCACUUUAUCAACGAGCACGCAGAAUUUACCUCCGUCGUUGCCUUCGCUCCGCUGCUCUCUCUUUACCUUCCCUUCUCGCUGAUGGACCCACCUUUCAUCCAGACUCUCUCAUUGACUUUUUGACAACAACUGACUUACUUCACAAAUUCUGAUACCUUCAGCCCUUUCUACUUCAAUCUCUUGCUACCCUCUACCCCCGUAUUAUCCCCUGCCCCGCUGUUUACUGUAACCUACUGAUCAUCCCUCCUCCCUUCUGCCACCCAAUACCCUCGCUUCCUUCCCUACCCUGCAGCGCUUUAUAGCCCUUGUGGCUUAGCGCUUCUUUUUUAUUAUAAUAAUAAUACAGUGAAAAGCUCUAUUCCACAAGAUACAGUACUCGCUCUCAGCCUCUUCCUCUUCCUCAUAUCUGACAUAGACAGAGAUGUAAGCCACAACACCAUGUCUUCCUUUGCUGACAAUGCCAGAAUUUGCAUGACAGUGUCAUUCAUUAAGGACACUGCAAAUCCCCAAGCAGGCAUUAAUAGUCUUUAAAUGGGUAUCAGAAAACAAUAUGAAGUGCAAUGAGGACAAAUUUCAAUUACUCUGCUAUGGAAAACUUUUUUAUUAUUAUUAUCACACCGGCCGAUUCCCACCAAGGCAGGGUGGCCCGAAAAAGAAAAACUUUCACCAUCAUUCACUCCAUCACUGUCUUGCCAGAAGGGUGCUUUACACUACAGUUUUUAAACUGCAACAUUAACACCCCUCCUUCAGAGUGCAGGCACUGUACUUCCCAUCUCCAGGACUCAAGUCCGGCCUGCCGGUUUCCCUGAAUCCCUUCAUAAAUGUUACUUUGCUCACACUCCAACAGCACGUCAAGUAUUAAAAACCAUUUGUC